AUGUUUCGAACUGCCAUUCUCGGCUAUCCCCUCAAGGCCAUCAGAUGGUUCAGGGAAGAUAUCUAUAAGAAUAGUCCUGAGAAACGCAGAGAAGCCGAGACGGCCAUCAAGAAGUUUUAUGAGGCCAACAAAGACAACAUGGAGAAACGAGGGGUCUCUGAAGCGAUUGUCAAGGGAGCGAAGCAUAAUGAUCCCAGGAACCCAGACCCCAAAGGAGAGCACUGGACUGUCGAGAUGAUCAAAGAAAAUGGUGAAUUUGUGACAAAGAGACAUGUCUAUUGA